CAGUGAGUGGUAAAGACAAAGGAGCGGCCUGCCACUGGGAGUCGCAGCAAAUCAGAAACUCAGACUGGUACUCUCGAAGAAGGAAAGAUCAUUGGAAGAAAUUAAGGAAAAAUCUGGAAGAAUCUUGCUCAGCAGAAGUUUCUAAACGAAUGGACGGGUGAAACACUAAAGAAUCUCACAGAAAUGAGAAAAGAAGAAGUGACACAUAACGUCCACCGCGGACAAGAGAAAAUAAAGGAAAUUGAAAACAAAAUUGCACAAAAUCAUGCCAAAUUAGAUCAGCAAGCUAAAGAUAAUAAUGAGCAAAAAAAUAUGAUAUCUUCUAUUGGAAAAGACCUUGAGAUGUUCAAUCUUCAAGCUGAUCAAAUUUCAAAGAAGAAUGUAUUGAGAGAAAAACAACUUGAUGAUGCAAAGAAACAAAACAUUCAAGAAGAGCAAGUUAUUAAAAAGGCAAAAGAAAAAACAAUGUUAAAGAUGAACCAAUACACCAAAGGCAUAUCAUUUUUUCAGGAUUAUUUGGGAUUUACAUUUGAAAAAGUUGACAAGGAUCACUUGAAAUUUAUGUUCAAGUACAUUGAUCCAAAUGACCCAGAAGGUUGUUUUACAUUUACUGUCCAGGUGGAUGAAAAUACUGGAAUAUAUAACAUUAAAGAUUGUUCUCCUGUGAUAAAUCAACUUGCAGAUCUCACAGAAAAUCUUAACAAGACUAAUGAUUUUACACAAUUCGUCAUUAGUGUUCGUCAAGCCUUCAAAGAGCUUGUCUGCAAAGUGUAGUUCGUGCAAUAUCUUGUUCUCCUUCAGGCUUCACUCCCGCAAUAUAUAGUGAAAUAAUGAUCCAGGUAUAUCCCACUGAAAAAAAAUAGUUACUUGUACAGUUUUUAUAUGUACGGAUUUAGUGACUACGUCGACUUGAAACUGACGACAAAGAAGACAACAUGUAUGAUAAUAUAUAUAUUUAUAUCACGUUUUUCGGACUGUGUUCCCCCAGGAAUAUUAAAUAACGGCGCCGAUUUUGUCCCAUCUUGCGUAGGAACUGAACUAAUAUAUUUUUUAUUAUUCUAUUCCAUCUUUAUUUCCUCACGUGUU